CGCCGCGGCUGCGCCCGGCGCGGGCGGCGGGAGGGCGGGGAAAAGGGGCCUCGCCGCGGGAGGAGCGGCUCGGUGGCGGCAACAUGGCAGCGUCCAGCCGUGCCCAGGUGCUGCGGCUGUACCGCGCCCUGCUGCGGGAGAGCCAGCGCUUCAGCGGCUACAGCUACAGAACCUACGCCAUCAGAAGGAUAAAAGAUGCCUUUAGAGAAAACAAGAACAUAUCAGAUUCUGAAAAAAUAGAAGAGCUAGUGAAUAAAGCCAAAGCAAACCUAGAGGUUAUUCAACGGCAGAGCUGUGAGCACCUGAUGUUCUGCACAGAUGAGGGCUGUCUGAAGGACAGGAGAAGGACUUCGUUUCUUGUGAGCAACUCGGCAUGGCAAUAUGUCACAUCCAAUAAAGCAAAUGCUGAGUGUAAACUUCCGCAUGGAAAAGAGUUGCCAUUGGCCAGCUGUAUGCCACAGAAAAAUUGGUCAUUGAGAGUCCGGGAAACACAUAGCCAAGAAAAGUCUCUGAUCCUGAAACAACACUGGACCAUCUUCAGCAUCCUACAGUGCCACAUACAGAAACUGCACAUGCAUAUUUCUGAGUUUGUCUGUUCUGCAUAAGAAAUGCCUGAGAGACUGUUUUUGGCAACCAAAGUUCUAUUUUCUAAAGGGUCACAUGUUCUAAGAUAAAUGGCUGUGAUUUAUAAUAGUGUAUAAGGUAGUCUUAGAAUUUGUUUGUUUGUGUGUCCUAUGUGAGGGAAUAGUUCCUGCCUAUUUCAACAAUAAAACUUCAUUAAACUA